AUGUCUAGGAAACUUGAGGAGAGAUUACCCGGUCAAUUUGCGGGUAACACCCAACCGAACCCUAACGCCCACGCCAAAGCCAUUACCACUCGUAGUGGCAAAACCGUAGGGAACCCGAGAGUUGAGGAGAGAGUAGCAGAGGAAGAUGAGGAGAUUGUAGAUGAAGAAAUCGAGAUGGAGGUUCCCGGCAAAGUGCAAUCAAGGCUAGGCCCAGCAAGUACCACACAGCCCGGUGAGCCUCAAGGUGAGAAGAAAGUAGAAAAACCACCCGUAGACAUUAGACCUUCUCCACUCGUAGAUCAUUCGCGUGUCCCGUUUCCUACACGUCUUAGGAACCAAAAGUACUCCAAGGAAUACGGGCAAUUCCUAGAUAUCUUCAAGCAAUUGAAGAUUAAUCUACCUUUCAUUGAGGCACUCCAAUCUAUGCCUAAGUACGUGAAGUUCUUAAAGGACCUUCUUAGAAACAAGGAGAAGUUAGAGGAGUUGUCGACUGUUCCAUUGAAUGGAGGGUGCUCCUCAGUCGUUCUGAAUAAGCUUCCGGAGAAGCUCACCGAUCCCGACAUUUUUACUAUUCCAUGUCUAUUUGGUAGUAACACCAAUACUCGAGCCUUAGCCGACCUAGGUGCUAGCAUCAAUUUGAUGCCCUUCUCUCUCUACGAGAAGCUAGACUUAGGCGAAAUUUCACCUACCCGUCGACAAGUUUGUUUUCCCGCUGAUUUCAUCAUUCUCGAUAUGGAAGCGGAUGAGAGAGUUCCCAUCAUACCUGGUCGUCCGUUUUUGCUUACCGCUAAAGCCCUCAUAGAUGUAUUCGAUGGUAAGAUCACACUUAGAGUCGGUGAGGAUAGAGUCACCUUUGAGAUAGAUCGUUCCAUGAACCACCCGAGUGGUUCUAAUGACUAUAGUGGUCCUUACCAUUCCGAGGAGUCGCUAAGGUUGGAUGAAGUUGAAGAUGAGGGGAUUCCUUUGAUUCCCGAAGCGUUAGCCGUUAGUGAUGACACCAUCCCACCCCCACCCUUAGAGCUUAAGGUCCUUCCAUCUCAUUUAGAAUAUGCCUUUUUAGGGGAGGGUUCUGAGCUACCUGUUAUUAUCUCAUCGAAGUUGGAGGAUGGGGAGAAGUUGAGGUUGUUGGAAGUGUUGAAGGCCAACAAAGAGGCCAUUGCAUGGAGGUUGUCCGACAUUAAGGGCAUUGACGGGUUUAAGGUGCAUUUUGGAGAUUUACUGAAGCUUUGUGCGGAUGCUAGAGAGAACAUAAUUGAAGAAAAUGGAAAAAGAGGAAAAACUGAGCUGAACUCUACGCUAGAAACAGUCCAAACUUCAUUUUGGCUUAUCCUGAGCUAG